AUGGAGCGAUCCAUGUUCACUGAUGUGGAACUACAACUGACAACAGAGCAGAGCACAAAAUACCAGGGAACUGUUAAAAUCAAUCUGAGCCAAAUUGCCUUCCAUCCGUCUCUAUCCCGCGAGCUCGACCAAAAAAAUGUAGAGCGAUUAUGUGAAAUCUUCAACAGGGAUGACUGUCAAUGGCUGGACAUUCAGCAUCAUGUCACCGCUGUCGUCUCCCAGCAACACCUUGCGAACACCCUCCAUGCAGCACAUGUGACAGCCCAUGCGCUGUUGACUAAUCCUUCUGACCGAUACCCCCAGCUGCAGUUCCCCACAGGACAGAUACGGUGUGUUCACAGUCAACAUUGUCUGAAAGCUGACAUCAGCUCUGACCUUCAAGCGUCCCUUGUUGACAAAUAUUCCAACAAAAAACCACCAAGCGAUGGCGAAGUCUACCGGAAAGUCCGCCAAUAUCAAUAUGAGGCAAAUGCCCGCUUUGAGGAACGGUGGAAGUCUCGGCUAUCAAGCAACAAAGCCAAGCAGCUUCGGCAACUCUCUUCACCUGCGCACAUCGAUGAAAUCAUCACUUACCUGGCACACGUGAAGCAAUUCUGGUCCUCUCUCAUGGACGAUGACCGCAAUAAGAUGAUGAAAAUCGACCUACAUACGGUGGAGAUCCUACAGCUUUUGGCCCCUGGGCUUUCUCACAAGGAUGCGAAGACUGUGCGCCUUAAACCUCCCGAUCCCGCGGUCAAGUAUUGUAUGAUCCAGACAUCGGAGACUGGCCAUCGACGUUCGGGCUCUCCGACCCAACGUGCAGAGCUUGGGUACCGACAGCUUUGGCUGUACACUAUGCGCCAUUAUCUGAAAAUGCCCAGGGAGCCAGAGAGUGACGAUCUUGUGGCGAAACCUGGUCACGAAAAGGCUGAUGAGACAGCGCUCCAUGAGAUGGCUGUCCUUGCACAAAAACUUGGUUUUGACUCUCCACAAAUCACAGAUCUCAUCGAGCUUUCUCCCGAUCAUCAGAUCAUGCGGGCUGUCCUUCUGAAAGCACAGGAUCCUGAGCGGUUUCGAUACAAGAGUGGGGUAUUUGAGACCCUUAUUGGUCGCAUUGCAGAGUGCUUCUCUCUUGCCGUCCCCGUUGAGCGCCAGCUCUCUUGCGAUUUCACCCCUGGCAGUGAGGCGAAGCCAUAUGCUCGGUGUGGGCUCCCGCACGCCAGAGCGCAGCAGCAAGACCAUCGGUUUCUCUUCAUCGACCAACUGCAUACCGAUGAGAUUCCGGCGGCCGGGAAGGUCUCCACAUUGUUCGCUCCUUUGCUGGAAAACGAUGGUUAUACCACUAUUGACCAUGGCGAGCUAGGUCCAAUGCAGCUAGAGGUGGCACAGAGGGCCACUGCCGAAGAAACCCGAGUCCACACAGAAGUGGAAGAACGGGAGAUCGCCUUGCAGGCCGAACAAGCACGAGAACAGGCUGCCGACGAAGCCCAGCGUCAAACAGAGGCUGAAGAGAUGGCAGCGGCUGAGGCUGCCAAGAGGCUUGCCCAAUGUCAGAAGGAAGCCGAAGAAAGAGCAUUCAUCGAGCGCUAUGCUGCGGAACAAGAACAGUUUCGACAAGAACAACUGAGACAGGAGGAGGAAAGGGUGGCUGCCAAACAAUAUGCUGUGGAACUAGAACAGCUUCGCCAGCGGGAGGAGGAAAAAUUGGCCGCUGAACGAUAUGCCGCAGAACAAGAACAACUGAGGCAGGAAGAGGAGGAGGCAAGAGUGGCCGUUGAACGAUAUGCUGGGGAACAGGAACAGCUUCGGCGAGACGCGGAAGAAGCUGCAGCUGAGCAAGUUAAACGAGAGCAAAUUCAGCGUGAACAGGAGGAAAGGCAUACUGUCGAGAGAGCUGAACAGGAACAGGUUCAAAAGGAGGCUGAGGAAAGGGCAGCUAUUGGGCACGCGGCUGGAAAGGCGCGUCUUCAACAAGAAGCGGAAGAAAGAGCCGUUGCUGAGCAAGCAGAUCAUGAGCGGCCUGCAAGAGAGGCAGCGGAGCCAGUACAGCUGCAGCUGGAGGAAGAAGAGAGGGCGGCUGUGCCAACAGCCGCAGAGGAGACGCACACCCCACAGCCCGUCACACAGCUCGACUUCACACCCUUCAUGCCCAUUAAGAGUGAUGGCGCUCACAGCACCGUUGACCCUGCAAGCACGGAGCGAGCGACGAACGUCGCAGACCCCCCUCCAGAAGUUGAGAGUUGA